AUGAGCCAGCCAACAAUAUUCAUCGAGACUCCAAAAGAUUCACACAAUAGCACAAGGGAGCUGCUUUCUGAACUAUUUAUGAUAUUUCCAAAUUCAAAGAAAUGGGCAGAUGGUCUUGAAGUCAAAGAUUCGGACAUUUUCAUUAAAAUACAAGAAGAUAUUGGCCCACAGUUUUUGAUUUUUACUUGUAAAACAAGCCAGUUUGUCUUUAAAAUAAUAGAGUAUAGAAGCAGAGCAUCCUUGGGCAUAGAUUCCACAAUUAAAAAGGAAAACCAUCAACUUGUUUUGUCGCACUUUACCACGGAGCUUGGGCUGAGGGUCGCCAAUAUCUUUAUGAGUGCAUUUCCGGUAAAUCUAGAAUCGAAUCAAGUUGUGAAUUUUGCAGUGCACAAGGAUUUCAUAUUUUUCAGAAUGUAUAGAUUUUGCAUCAACGAGAAGGGACCGGCUUUUGAAAAGCUUGGGCCGCAUCUUACUCUUAGACUGUGGAGGGUAACUGACCAUGAGGGUGAAAGCAAAAAGGUGGUUAGUUAUCAGAAGUAUGUAAAAAAUGCCAAUCUACUUUGA